CGCAGCGCAGAGCCCGGCUCCGCGGCGGGUACAACAAGUGGAUAAGCAAUGUGCACUGCUCUGAGCCCGAAGGCACGUGGGCCUGGCCUCUCUGAUAUGCAUCAAUACAGUCAGUGGCUUGCAAGUAGACAUGAGGCCAACUUGUUGCCGAUGAAAGAAGAUUUGGCCCUGUGGCUCACAAACCUACUGGGUAGAGAAAUAACAGCAGAAACCUUUAUGGAGAAAUUGGAUAAUGGUGCCUUGCUUUGUCGGUUAGCUGAGACCCUGCAGGAGAAAUUUAAAGAAAACAGCUUUGAUGCAAACAAGCCUGGCAAAACCUUACCGGUACGGAAGAUUCCAUGCAAAGCCAAUGCUCCUUCAGGGUCUUUUUUUGCACGAGACAACACAGCAAAUUUCUUAUCCUGGUGCAGAGAUGUAGGGGUGGAUGAUACCUGCCUGUUUGAGUCAGAAGGUUUGGUUCUCCACAAGCAGCCAAGAGAAGUGUGCCUUUGUUUGCUGGAACUUGGAAGGAUUGCAGCAAGGUUUGGGGUGGAGCCUCCCGGAUUAAUAAAGUUGGAAAAAGAGAUUGAACAAGAGGAAACACUUUCAGCCCCCCUUCCGUCUCCUUCACCAUCACCAACAAAGUCUCCUGGGAAAAAGAGCACAGGGAAACUGCUGGAUGAUGCUGUUAAACACAUUUCUGAAGAUCCACCUUGUAAAUGCCCUAAUAAGUUCUGUGUGGAGCGUCUUUCACAAGGAAGAUACAGAGUUGGAGAGAAGAUCCUCUUUAUUAGGAUGCUGCACAACAAACACGUGAUGGUUCGUGUUGGAGGAGGAUGGGAGACUUUUGCAGGUUACUUACUGAAGCAUGACCCGUGCCGAAUGUUGCAGAUCUCCCGAGUGGAUGGGAAAACUUCUCCCAUCCAGAGCAAGUCUCCAACCCUCAGGGACAUGAAUCCAGACAAUUAUCUGGUUGUUUCUGCCCAUUACAAAACCAAGAAGGAGAUUAAGUGA